AUGUCAGCGAUUCCAACUUCGAACGGUGGUCAUGGCGUGGGGACGAUACCGGAAGCUACGGAUGAAGAAGGUAUCCCGGACGAUACGAAAACAAACCAAGCAACAAGUAAAGUCGUAAACGUUAAAGAUCUUCCAUACAUGUUCGAUACCCUCAAACCACCUUCUUCUACCCAUACUCACGCUCUUGGUACCCCAUCGCUAUCUUCCCAAAAUUCCAUUCCAGAAUCAGAGGCUGAACCAAUCAGCCCUCCCAACCUCUCGCAACUUCAACACGCCAAACAGGAUUACCACCCAUCGCCUCUUGGAGGUAGUGAAGCUCAUCGAUCCUUGAAUGGUGGACACGAUCAUGCUCAUCCCCCUCUCAGUUCAAGUCUCGCUACUGUCGGAAGUACAGAUUCACCUAAAGUCCAUCAUCCUCAACCUGGCUUACCUGAUACUUCAUUCCCAUUCCCAAACUUCCGCCCUCUCCCAUCAACCACCAAUUCACCUCAUCCAGGUCAUUCCAUGAAUAUUCCGCCACCUCCUGUCAGCGGAUUGACUUCCGCUCAGAUGUCAAGAGCCAAUUCAUCCGCAUCGGUCUACGCUGGAUCACACCAUACCCACGAAAAACAUCCCGAGGUUCAAACUCGAUCUUCCAGAGCUCAUACCACUACAAGUAAACCCACGAUGUUAGGUGAACAUGGAGCUAAGAAAUCAUUCUUGCACAAGAUGUUUCAUCCCAACGAAGCCAAGCACGAAGCGAAACUUGCUGCUCAUGCUCAAGCUCAAGCGCAAGCUGAAGCGAAAGCGCAUCACGAGAACCUAUCUGUCGACGUCUCACGUCAACAUUCCAGCAGUGGCUAUAACUCGCCCAGAAGUCGAUCUCCUCAACCUCCAAGUCGAGAUGCUACCCGAUCACCACCUUUGACUCCCUCUACUCCACCUGCAAACGUAUCCGAUUCGGAUCAUUCGAGACCUCCUUCGAGAGCACCAAGUUUCAGAAGACAGAAUUCAGGUCAGGAUCCUCAUGUCCAACCUCCUACCGACCGAGACAGGAAGGGCGCUUCCACACCUCCCGUUCCAGCUCCGCCCUUACAGAGAAAGCUUUCCGGGCGAUCUGCCUCUCAUGGGUCUACAGGUGGUAAAGAUAAACCUGUCGCUUUGGUCGGCGGUCAACCUGUUGCUGUGGCGAACAAACAAGAAGUCACCAGCAGCUCCGGUAACAAAUUCGCUCUCAAAGACCUCGUCGGAUUAGGUGAUAAUGGACCUAAAUUAUCUAGAAAGGCAUCAGCCAACGGAUCUCAGAAGGGAUCUGAUCGAGCAUCUACCAAAGCUGGAUCAGAGUAUGGAGGGGACAAUGCUUCUACUGCAUCGUUAUUGAAGAAAUACGGUAUCUGCGACAAAGCCGCUAUUGGAAAAGGUGCGACUGCCGUUGUCAGAUUAGCACAUAAAUGGGAUAGACGAGAAGAAAAGCUAUACGCCGUGAAGGAGUUCCGAAAGAGGAGAAAGAAUGAAACUGAAAAGGAUUACGUUAAGAAGCUCACGUCUGAAUUCUGUAUAUCAUCGACACUCCAUCAUAUGAAUGUGGUCGAGACAGUCGACUUGGUUCAGGAUGAGCAACAUCAUUGGUGUGAAGUCAUGGAGUACUGUCCAGGUGGUGAUCUUUACGCUGCGAUCAAAAAAGGUGGAAUGUCAAGUUCAGAAGUUGAAUGUACCUUCAAGCAGAUCUUACAAGGUAUACAAUACCUUCAUUCGAUGGGUGUAGCUCAUAGGGAUAUAAAACCUGAGAAUUUAUUGUUGGAUGGUAGGGGUCAUGUCAAGAUUACCGAUUUUGGUGUUUCCGAUGUAUUCAGGAUGUGUUGGGAGAAGAAAACACACUUGUCAAAGGGAUUGUGCGGUUCGGAACCGUAUAUUGCUCCAGAGUUAUUCGAUCAUAAAGAAUACGAUGCGAGACAGGUAGACGUCUGGGCAGCAGCGAUUGUCUUCUACUGUAUGCAAUUCCAAGAAUUACCAUGGAGAGUAGCCAAGACGACCGAUACGACCUUCGCGACCUACCUCUCGACUUACAAAGGAGACGGUACGACUGAAAAACCGCCUACACCCGCACCUCUGAAUAACCUCAUUCCGAGAGAAUGCAGGAACGUGGUGAAACAUAUGUUGGAUCCUGAUCCGAAAACACGUUGGUCCGUCGAUGAGGCGUUGAAAGAUAAGUGGUUAGCUUCGGUGGAAGUUUGUGUGGAGGGUCAGAAGAACUCACAUACGCAUACUAGUGCAGGUAUGGAUGUGGUCAAGCUUUAA